AUGCUCUCCAAGUGGGCUACCCUCAAGUCCGUGAAGCAACUGCAGCUCGCGUCACUCUCCAUCUGCAGUGAAAGCCGAGCUUGUACCGCGUUUCACUUGAGAGUGGUGAGGCGAACCCCUAAGCGCCUCUGGACCACCACGAGCUCUACAGGGAAGAGGGUCGGAACUGACGGCGUGCCACCCAUGCGCGUUGACUGGCUGACAUUCAGGGAGUAUUUCGAGCCCGCUGUGAGGAACGUGGUGUGGCGGGCAGGCCUCAGGAAGAUCUCGUUUGGGAAGCAUUUCAACCACCCUCUGACUGGGGUUACCUGGCCUGCGGGCUUGCGGGCAAUCGUGUUCGGCUUCCACUUCGAUCAGCCCAUCGAGUCGGUGGUGUUUCCGCCUGGCCUCGAAGAAUUGGAGUUUGGCCCGAUGUUCGACCAGGAUGUCAACAGGACGUUCAACCGCAGGAAAGAGAGAAAUGUGCGGUUGCCCUUUACGCGGGCACUGGCGUGA